AUGUCCCGGCUAAACGUUGGCAAAAACUCGGUUCCACCACCGCCAGAUGUGCCUAAUGGUUCGACAAGAGUUGAGGAGUCAAUCAGAUCAGUCCCUGCCGUGUUGCCCUCAAGCACUGCGUCUAGUCGUCCUUCAUCUACUGCAUCUACACCGCCUCCGCCUCAAUUCAAUGGGCCACAAGCGCUCUUGGCAAACCGAUUCAAAGCUGCACAAAUAUCGUCACCUGCACCCUCCUCACCUCUUUCGUCUUCUGUAGUACCAGGCGAAAAUGCACCCGAAAUAGCCAAGUCGCCACUUGCUGAGGAACCCAAAACAGAGAAGCGAACGGAAAGCCCCGAAGUUAGCUCUGGAAUACAACCGUCUGCUAAUAAUUCGUUGAAUGGACAUGCCCCAUCUUCUGGGGCAAGGGUUGAGCCUGCACCUGCAACUCAAACCGAUGAGGCCCCUUCCAAACCACCAGCGCCUGCGGAUGACACCGCGGGCGCUAAAGACGAUGACAAACUAAUGGAGCCGGCCAAGUCACCACCACCGCCGUCAUCCACACGUGAACCGGAUCAAACACCGGCGACCGAGCUUCCCCCGCCUCGCGAACCCAGCCCUCCGCCACCUCCAGUCACGCAAAUUAAAUCUACCUCAUUCACCUUCCAAUCUCGGUCCGAUGUACGACCCCCACAACCAACGCCUGUGUUUGAAGCCAAUGAUGAGCCUCGGCUUGAACGUCAAGUUCUUCUCGAACUGCAACCAAUCUUCCCGCGUGAUGCUCUACCUACCGAACAAAAGCCUUCGUUGACCAAUCCAAAGUCAAAGGAAGAAGCUCUCCGCGCAGUCGUCAUGACCCGUCUACUCUGUGACCAUCAGACGCGGGAUGAACUCGUCAACCCAGUGCUAAUGGCCAACCGAGCACUUGUCGACUCCACACCUGACCCUCGACCAACUGCAGAGUCUACCCCAGAUAAACUCAUUGCAGAGGUCCACCGCAAGCUCGACGAAAGCAUAGACUUCGCCACCAUUCGCCCUUCUCUGGCAGAACACUUUGAACAGCGCCAAAAUCUGGUGAACGAUAAAGUUUCACGCCUGAGCGCCGAGUACCUUGCCCUGCAUAGGAAAUGGAAAGCGCAUUGUUCUGCUCUCAAUGCCCUCCAGAGAAGCCAAGGACCCGAAUCCGACCAUCUUCUUCACGGGCGAACGACCCGUCGUACUUCGGCGUUCACCGAUACUGUUCGGUCAGAUUUGGAAAUGGAGCAGGUCAUUGCGAGUCUGGGUGUGGAUGACCUCACCGACCCCAACUACCUCUCCUCUCGCAAUGCUGCCACCAUUCCUGACAUGAUUUCGGUGACGGAGGGCAAGGUUGAUUUCCUCUUUGACGACUCGAAUCACCUGGUUGAGAACCCCGCCGAGUAUUACGCGCCGCAUACGGGUAUCGACGAUUGGACAGAGGAGGAGAAGAGGAUUUUCCUUGACAGAUACGCCAUGUAUCCCAAGCAAUUUGGCCUCAUCGCCGAAGGGCUACCACACAAGACGGCGGCUCAAUGUGUGGACUAUUACUACCUUCACAAGAAACGCAUGAUCGAUUUCCGCAAGGUCGUUUCUCAGCUUACAAAGGGCCGGAGGAAGAGGGGUGGUGCUAAGAAGAAAUCGGGGGCGCUGCUUGCCGAUAUCGCCCAGCACGAUGCGGAAGUGGGCAAGUCGGAUCACUUGUCAAACUUUAUCGUUCCGAGUCGUGUUGCCAAACCUGGAAGGAGGAGAGGAAGAGCAUCCGCUGUGGCCAAGACUCCGCAUAGUGGUACUCCUGCUGGCACGACGCCUCAACCUGAAGCUGUUCCACCUGCAGCAGCAACAGCGGAACUCAGACCUCCCUCGGAUGUUCGACAGUCAAGAUCUGAAGAGACGCCUGUCGCAACGCCAACGCCUGAACCUGAAUCCAGAGCCAAACGGACUACUCGGAAACCAGCUAGCACCCAACCAUCCACUCCUGCUCCUCCACCCCCUCCCCCAGUAUCAGCUCCUCCAGCACCGGCGCCAGCGCCAUCCAUAUCGACACCGGUACCGGUACCUGCGACACAACCCAGAUCAGAGACUGUCUCUGCGCCUCCAGAACCUGAACAACCAAAACCGCGAAAUAGGAAGCGUGGCCGCAAGCAAGUCAAAUCUGCAGCCAUCAUUGAGGAUGAUACCACCCCUCCGCCUGAAGCUCCCAAACCUCUCCCAUCUGACGAACCCACCAGUAUCAGUGUGGCGUUGAGGGCGUCGACGUCGAAGGGGAGCUCUAGGAUUACACCGGCUUCGGAGCAGGAGAGCGAGAUGUCCCAGAGUGAUUGGCCAUAG